GAACACUAAUAGCACAGUAGUUUAUACGCGUUUAGAAUUUCUUUAGUUCGUUUCGAUCGUCCAAGUCGACAUUAAGUUUCGGAAAAUUCGAAAGGAUCCAUCAAAAAUGAGUCGUGCUAAAGUGAAGUCUUAUUUCAUACAAACGCUGGCUACUCUGAUAAUUUCCAAUCUAUGCACAUUGACGGGAUACAUUUUUGCUUGGCCAUCUUACAAUGUGGCCAACUUCAGAUCCAACUCUACAGUUCUUUCACAUCCCAUGACUACUCUGGAGAUCUCGUUGGUCGGGAGUGUGGUUAACAUUGGAGCAUUGGUAGCCACGCCUUUCUGUACUUACUUCUUAAAUAAGUUGGGGCGGAAAUACACAUGUAUGCUCUUUGGCGUGCCUUAUGCGAUGUCAUGGGCGAUACUGUCAGUAUCUAAUUAUGUUCCUUUUGUCAUCGUCGCUUUGGCUUUGAGUGGAAUUGGCGCUGCGGGUGUACCGGCCUCAACAAUUUAUAUCUCGGAGAUAUCAGAUGAUUCAAUCAGAGGAAUUUUAACGUCAAAUGCGAUAUCAGGAUAUUUUCUCGGACUUUUUCUCUCCUACUCCUGGGGAGGAUACUUGAGCUAUUACAACGUAGUCCACUUGCACUUGGGUCUAUGCGUGCUGUAUAUUAUAAUGGUUGGUUCUUUGAAGGAUUCCCCGGUUUUCUUGAUGCAAACCAACAAAGAAAAGGAGGCGGCGAAAUCGAUUGCCUUUUAUCGGUGUGUGGACGUCACAUCUAAAGAAGUGGAGAUAGAACUAGCCAAUAUCCGCCUGCAGCUUGAUCCUCGUCGAGAGAAUAUUCUAGAAGGGAAAAAUGAUAUGACAGUCACAAAAGAAUUGUUAAAGAUUAAAUCAGAACCAGCCGAAGCGAAAUCAGAAUGGAAAUUUUUAAUCAAUUCCCCGUCAUCAAUUCGAGCUUUGACUAUCGCUAUUAUCACGAUGACGUACACGGUGCUCAUGGGAGUGGUGGUGCUCCAGGUAUACGCCGAACCACUAUUCAGAGAAGCAGUCCCAUCGAUGGAGCCGAACCAGUUGACGAUUUACCUGGCGAUAGAUUUCAUUGUGGGCAGUCUUAUUUGUGGAGUACUCAUUGACAGAUUGGGGCGUAAGUACCUGCUGAUCAUCACCACAGUCCUGACCAGCAUAUGUAUAUUACUGAUGGCGACUCAGCUGCAGUUCAGCUGGGCUCCACAGUGGACGACAGCGGGCUUCAUGUACGCCUUCUCCUUCUUCUACAACUUGGGACCGGCGACGAUUCCGUUCGUGAUCGCUGCCGAGUUCUUUGUGCCAGAAGUCCGAGGUCUGUGCAAUUGUUUGAUCAACGCCUGUACUUGGCUCAUGAAUUUUGUGACGCUUCAAUUAUUCUCACAACUCGUCGAUUGGGUCGGCCUGGCUCCUCUCUUCUACCUCUUCAGUUUCUUCGGAUUCCUUGGAGCGGUCUUUUGUCAAUUUUACUUGCCGGAGACUAAGGGUAUGCCCAUCGAAGCCAUUCCGUUGCUCUUCAUUAAGAAAGAUAAGAGAAGACAUUAUAAUAUCUAAUAAGUUAAUGAUUUGAAACUGUUAUUAAAGUUAUUUUAAGUUUAAAAAACUAUGUGUGAUAAUGUGAUGUCUUUUGAGAUUAGAUGAUUAUGUAUAAGAUGGUUUUUUUUUUCUGUAUUACAUACGCUUUGUAAAUAUGACGAUACAUUCGCCACUAGAUUUAAAAAAAAACAAAAAGAAACUAUUAAAAAAAUAAUAAAAAUAAUUUUAAAUA